AUGCUUCGCCGACUCGGCGGCAGUUCCAACUCACUAUGGAAACCGAAGAACCCUCAUUCAUUAGAAUAUUUAAGAUACCUCCACGGGGUACUUCAGAAAAAUGAAAAACUCACCGACCCCAAUAAGAAAGUCCUCGUCGAAGCCCUCAGAGCUAUCUCUGAAAUUCUAAUCUGGGGCGAUCAAAAUGAUGGCACGGUUUUUGACUUCUUCCUGGAACGCCAAAUGCUGUCCCAUUUCCUUCAAAUCAUGAAGCAAGAUUCAUUAAAUAGCGGCAGUUACGUAUCGAUACAAUUGCUACAAACUCUCAAUAUUCUAUUUGAGAAUAUUAGGCACGAAACGUCAUUAUACUUUCUACUCAGCAACAAUCAUGUAAAUCACAUAAUCACACAUCGAUUCGACUUUCAAAAUGAGGAAAUAAUGGCGUAUUAUAUUUCUUUUCUAAAGACGCUCUCGAUGCGGCUGAACCCAGCCACGAUACAUUUCUUUUUCAACGAGUUUUCAAACGAAUUUCCCCUCCUCACCGAAACUUUGAAGUUAUAUGAUUCCAGAGAGAAUAUGGUGAGAAUUGCCGUGCGAACGAUUCUGCUCAACAUUAUACGGGUACCAGCUGAAGGGUUACAAGCAUAUUUAGCCGGCGCAUUAAGAGAUUACCUAUGCGAUUUAAUUGAUCAACUUGUCGAUAUGGCGUUGGAUUUGGACGUGUUUGUAAGAAACAACCAAGCGAUGCUCUUGACGCCAAUAUCUUCCUUAUUUUUCGCUUCUCAGAUCCUCCUCGUCGUCGCCUACAAACCACUAAUCGAAGCCUUCGUCCAAGCAUUCCUCUUCGAAGACGCUUCUAUACUCUGCACACAAUGGAUCAGAUCUGAAGACUCCUACCGUCUCGAACCCGCCUCAACUACCGGAUCUGUUGCGCAUGAAGAUCGAGCAUUCUUCGGAGGCCUACUCGCUGCCCUUGAUAGCACCCAAAAUGAUGACUACCUGUCCUUCUACGCAUUGAUGCUCAUCUACGCGAUGCUGCAGAAUAAAGGUGACAUUGGGGAUAUUUUGACGGCGGCUAGUAUUCCUCACAACGGUGGUUCCACUCCGGUGCCGACAUGCGAGCCGAGGAUAUUGAAGGGGCUGAUCGAAGUGGUAGAAUCAGCUGCAAAAGCCGAUUCACGACUUCGCCCCGUCACCCUUGAACUUGCUUGCAUCGUCCUCAGACAAUUGGUACUACAGGCUGACGAUGAUAAUAAUAUGCACGAAACCAUUGCUCGCAGUGCCGGUGUUGUACAGGCUGUGAUGGGCACCCACCUGGCUGCUGCUCUAUCCAGAGAGCAGUCGUUUUUGGAGAUGUUUGAGGAUGAGUACGACCAGUUUAGUCACUGCCAACUCCGACUAGGCCAGGUCGGUUGGGAGCUCCUCCUCCCUCCAGCCACCGCUCCAAACUCUGGCCUCCCCUUGAAUAAGAGAUUGCCAGAAGGUCAUGAAGAAAGGGUUAGAACGAAUAUUCAACUCUACCUCCACACCCGAAAAUUGAAGCAAGACAUGUUAGGCGAACCGGAAAUACACCUACCGCUGCAGAUCGACACCCACGCUGUAGUUCGAGUUGGGGAUUGUAUAAAUUUGAACAAUUCGGAUCUAUUGUCCGUGACCGUGGCAAGCAACAAAACACGGCUUUCCCGAUUCUUGGUGACCGAUCGUCUACAGUUGAUUUUGGUGGAGCCCGACCCAAAGAAAGCCGGAUGGGCGCUGGUUGCCUUUGUCGGGUUGCUACAGGAUACCCAAAUCUCCGGUGAAGCCACAGAUUCCCGAUCUCUAAACGUGGAGGUGGAGAGUCGGGGAGGUGCUAAAAAACCGCCACUUCUACAAGCACGCUUCAUCUUUGACGAUCAUAUCCGGUGCAUGGCGGCUAAGCAGAGAUUGACGAAGGGUCGUCAAAAUGCUCGCCAACUGAAGAUGGGGUUGAUUUGCGAGUUGUUGGGUUGUAGAAACGAGAUCAUGGCACGAGCUAACCCCUUCAAAAUCGUGAAAGGCUGCGCCCCAGGAAGCGCCCGGAAGCAGCUAGACGUCAACCGAGACAACAGCCCAUCCAGAAAUUCCAUGAAUUCCUCAAACGACAGUCGCUCCGAAAACUCACGUACCUCCGGAAUUCACCAUGUG